AUGAGAGAACUAGUAAUAUCACUUUUCCCUCAUUCCUUUUCUUUGCAUUGUCCUAAAAAAGGUUAUGCGAUUUCAGGAACAAACAACUUGAAGAAUCACGAAGGUAUACAUGAGAAGGAAGGUGGUUGGAGGAGCUUAAGUGGUAAGACGUUAUUGUGA